GCGGUAAAGCACCUGUACGUUGGUCUGCCAACCGCCGAUAAAACUCAAAAGAAGAAGAAGAAUGUCUCCACAGGGCAUGCGCGGCACCGUUUACGUUCGGAGUAGGUUCGUGUCUGUUGUAGCGUAGUAUAAAGAGGGACGGACAGCCAACACGUCUAUCAGCUGCUGUUGUGUUCGUUUUUGCACUCGGGAUUGUUUAUCGUGAUUAUAAAGUAUGAACUCAGGUGAUUUUGCUGACGCUCGGGGGAGAAAACCAGCGGUUCCCGACAAAGUGGACAUGUCAUUAGAUGACAUCAUUCGGUUGAACAAGAAAGAGCAACAGUUUAAAAGGAGACAGGACACAGUGAACCGCCGACCAGUCAAGAAGAAAGGCCGUUUAACCCAAGGAAAGGGGCUCCCAUCGAGACCUGGAGGACCUGUCCACAGAGGAGGUGGCUUGCCCCGAGGAGGAGGAGGAGCAGCAGCAGCAGCUAAAUUUAGAAACAGAAGAGUGCCUCCCCCACCUGGUCGGAGACGCGGUCAGGGGGUCAUCACAGGACUGGCAGCCAGGAGGCCAGCUGCCCUGCUGAAGCGAGUCGGCACACUUAACAGAGCAGCAAUUAACCAGAAAACAAGACAGAAAACAAAGCCCUUUAUUCAGCGCAGUGAAGCACCGUACAGGAAACCAGAGGUGCAGAGACGGCCGUACAGGCAGCCCGAUCAGCAGAGAGGUCAGAAUGCAGCAGCGGUCAGGAGACCGUUUCAGCUGCGACGACGACCACUGCCGCCUGUCCAGCAGACUCAGAGGGAAGCACGCCAGGCCACAUUUCUUUUUCACAGAGGACUCAAGGUACAGGCCCAGGUACAAAAGCCAAAUCCUCACAGUCCUCCAGUCAGAACUCGGCAGUGGCGCACAUCAACAACCAGCAAUGGAAUCUUGACUGUUUCAAUUAACAACCCCACAGCCAGGACCCAGCCUGAGCCUCCCACUGCUUGGACCCUGCACCCCCCCGCUGCCGUCUCUGCUCCUCCCAAGGUGGAAACAGUGGAGAAGAAAAUACCAAAAGGAGUGCCUCUGCAAUUCGACAUCAACAGUGUUGGGAAACCGCAAACUGCGAUCACCCUGAACGAGCGAUUCCGCAUUCUGAAAGAUCAGCGCACCAGCACAGCACAGAGCAGCAAAGGUAGCCGGUUCGUUACCGUGGGCUAAAAGACAUGAAGACUUCGAUGAGUAAUACUCAGAAACCCUUUUGCCCUGCUCAGACCCGCACAGUGAUCCCCACCUUUCUGACUGAUGGGACGUUGUGACCCACUGACUGAUUUUACUAAUAGGAGGGAGGAUAACCGUGGGACAUGAGGCACAACUGUGAGAGCUCAAGUGUCAGUGGAAGAGUCUGUUUAAAAUGACCUCCCUGUCAUUGUUCAUAUCAUUGUACCCCACUGUUUGUAUUGUGGAUGUGCUUUACUGGGAAGGAAGGAGCUUUUUUCCCUUUUUUGACUUGGAGCUGUUGGCACUACAAUGAAUGCUUCUUGGAAGUAUUUCUUUUCAGAGAGGACCACUUUGUAUUUGCUAGGGUGGCACGUAUGUUCAUAAUACCCUUUUUUUCUUUUUGACAAUUGUUUUGUAAUGUUUCUUCAAAUAAAUGGGUUUCUCUUUAAA